AUGGCGACCGCUACGAUUUCGACCCCCCUCAAAUCCCACACCGGGCUUUUCUCCUCCCGUACCGCUGGCGGCCGAAUGCCCUUGACCCCCUCGCCUUGUCAACGCAACGUCAACUCUUCUCCCUAUACACCCGACAAGUCCAGCCACGAUGCCCACCGCGGGCCGAGCAAAUCUGUCUACGGCGGUAACCUGGCCGCCCACUUUGCCAAGUCGACCAAGAACCACCGCGACUCGCCCAAGUCCAACAUCGCUCGGGUCGUGUCCACCCCCCGCAAAGUUCUUGAGCUCGGUGUGUCAGACUUUACCCUGAGGGGCACUGGUGCCCAUGCCAAGUCACCCCCCAGCGCCAAGGCGAAGAAGCCGGUUGCGGUCAAGACCAAGCCGAGCAAGACCACUGUAACCUACAAGGCCGACCGUUUCAUUCCCAACCGGACUGCGAGCUCUGGGAUCGCCAACGCUGGGUCCGCAAAGAUCAGGAUCCGCGACAACCAGCAUCCGGGCGGCCGUCGCGCUGAAGCAUCGUCCGUCUUGGCCUCGGCAGCUGAUGAUGCCAUCGCCGCUCUGGAGGGUCUCAACAUUAACGACGAGGAACCGACCUCGUACACUCAGCCCUCGCCCAAUACAGUGGCAUACAGGGAGUCUUUGGCCGAUGCGUGCGGUGUCAGCCUUAACACGCGCAUUCUCGAGUUCAAGCCGGCGCCGCCAGAGUCGUCCAAGCCCAUCGACUUGCGCCAACAGUACAACCGCCCCCUGAAGCCCGCUGCCGCGAGCUCUGCCCAGUUCAGACGCCGCAUUGCCACAGCCCCGGAGCGUGUUCUGGAUGCGCCCGGCCUCAUCGACGACUACUACCUCAACCUCCUCGACUGGAGCACGGGCAACCAGGUUGCCAUUGGCCUUGAGCGUAACGUCUACGUCUGGUCGGCCGACGAGGGCUCAGUCAGCUGCCUGCUCGAGACGAGCCCUGAUACCUAUGUCAGCAGCGUCAAGUGGUCCGGAGAUGGCGCUUACGUUGGUGUUGGCCUCGGCACUGGAGAGGUGCAAAUCUGGGACGUCGCUGAGGGCGUCAAGAUCCGCAGCAUGCUCGGCCACGACACCCGGGUCGGCGUGAUGGGCUGGAGCAAGCAUCUGCUCUCCACCGGCGCGCGGAGCGGCCUGGUCUACAACCACGAUGUCCGUAUUGCGGAGCACAAGGUGGCCGAGCUUGUCUCACACACCUCGGAAGUAUGUGGUCUGGAGUGGAGGUCGGAUGGCGCGCAGCUCGCCACGGGCGGCAACGACAACCUGGUAUCCAUCUGGGAUGCCCGGUCGCUCGCCGUGCCCAAGUUCACCAAGACCAACCACAAGGCCGCCGUCAAGGCUCUCGCUUGGUGCCCUUGGAACAUGAACCUGCUGGCCACUGGCGGCGGCUCGUAUGACCGCCACAUCCACUUCUGGAACACCACCUCCGGUGCCCGCGUCAACAGCAUCGACACCGGUUCCCAGGUCACCAGCCUCCGCUGGAGCCCCCACUACCGCGAGAUUGUCAGCUCUAGUGGUUUUCCCGACAACUCGUUGAGCAUCUGGAGCUACCCAACCCUGGUGCGCAACGUCGAGAUCCCUGCCCAUGAGAGCCGUGUCCUCCACAGCUGCCUCAGCCCUGAUGGCCAGAUGCUCGCCACAGCUGCUGCCGACGAGAGCUUGAAGUUCUGGAAGAUCUUUGAGAAGAAGCCCGGAAGCGGUUCCAGCCUCACCGGCGUGGGCUCAACCGCCAAGGCGACCACGCCUAAGCACAUGACGAUCCGUUAA